AAGAUACAGGCAAUGUCAUAAAGCCUUCUGCAUCACCACGACUAAAAUUACACCGUAUCUUCUAAAAAGAUAUUCUAAGCAGUACUUGGACAAAAUAAUUAGAGCAGAAUCGCACCGACUGCCAUAUACUCUAGUACAAGUGUUGGGUGCUGUCCAAGGUGGUAAACUCCUCUAGCCCAGCUUUACUCUACUACAUGCCAACUGGUAGCUCCUAACACCCGGUUCCAGCACUCUUUACAUCAACGCACAACUUUCAGCCAUGGAUGAGGGUUAUAGAGACCGCACAGCCUUCAUUAAAGGCGCUAAAGACAUUGCCAAAGAGGUCAAAAGGCAUGCGGGUAAAAAGGUAGGCCGUCAUGUGGACAAGGUGGCCGAUGAGUACACCAAGCGCUCUUACACUCGCUUUGAGGAGGAAGACGAUGAUGAUGACUACCCUGUGCAGGCUCAGGAUGGCAGCUAUUACCGUAGCAACAGCAGGGCCAAUGAUGAUGAUGGGGCUCACAGUGACUCUACGGAAGGCCAUGAUGAAGAUGAUGAGAUAUACGAGGGUGAAUAUCAGGGCAUCCCUAGAAAUGACUCUGUAGAAAAGGCGGACAGACAGGUGGGCGGAGUGGGACAGUCGCAGUUCCGGGACAUGACGCAGUAUGAGGGCGAGAGGAGGAAGGACCAGGAGGAGUUGGCCCAGCAGUACGAGACCAUUCUCCAGGAGUGUGGCCAUGGCCGCUUCCAAUGGACCCUCUACUUCGUGCUGGGUCUGGCACUCAUGGCAGAUGGUGUGGAGAUCUUCGUGGUGGGCUUCGUACUGCCCAGUGCUGAGAAAGACAUGUGCUUGUCUGAGCCCAACAAAGGAAUGCUGGGUCUUAUUGUGUACCUGGGUAUGAUGGUGGGUGCCUUCGUAUGGGGAGGUCUGGCUGACAGAAUCGGGCGUAGACAGACUCUUCUCAUCUCUCUCUCCAUCAACAGUGUAUUUGCUUUCUUCUCCUCCUUUGUCCAAGGAUACAGCUCCUUCCUGUUCUGUCGCCUGCUCUCCGGCGUGGGGAUUGGUGGUUCGAUUCCCAUCGUGUUCUCAUAUUACUCUGAGUUUCUUGCUCAGGAGAAGCGUGGUGAGCACUUGAGCUGGCUCUGCAUGUUCUGGAUGUUUGGAGGCAUCUACGCUGCAGCCAUGGCCUGGGCCAUCAUUCCCCACUAUGGCUGGAGCUUCCAGAUGGGAUCAGCCUACCAGUUUCAUAGUUGGCGAGUGUUUGUGCUAGUGUGUGCGUUCCCCUCCGUCGCUGCUAUCGUGGCGCUAACCACCAUGCCAGAGAGCCCACGCUUCUACCUUGAGAACGGGAAACAUGAUGAAGCCUGGAUGAUUCUGAAACAAGUCCAUGAUACCAACAUGAGGGCAAAGGGCUACCCAGAGAGGGUCUUCUCGGUCACCACCAUUAAGACGGUGAAACAGAUGGAUGAGUUGGUUGACAUGGGUGGAGAGGCCACAGUCUGGCACCAGCGCUGGAGGAUCAAGCUCACCAACCUCUUCCAUCAGGUGUGGCGAAACUUCCUGACAGUCUUUAAUCCGGAGUACAGGAGGAUCACCUACAUGAUGAUGGCCGUGUGGUUUUCCAUGUCCUUCAGCUACUAUGGUUUGACUGUUUGGUUCCCUGACAUGAUCAAAUACCUGCAGAAGCAAGAGUACUCCUCACGCACAAAGAUCUUCAUUAAAGAGAAAGUGGAGCACGUGACCUUUAACUUUACGCUAGAGAACCAGAUCCACCGGAAUGGAGAGUACUUUAACAACAAGUUCUUAAAUCUGAAAAUGAAGUCUAUGGUGUUUGAAGACUCCCUGUUUGAGGAAUGCUACUUUGAGGAUAUCACAUCAAGCAACACCUUCUUCAGAAACUGCACGUUCAUCUCCACCCUCUUCUACAACACUGACUUGUUCAAGUACAGGCUGAUCAACAGCAAACUCAUCAACAGCACAUUCCUCCACAACAAAGAGGGCUGUAUGCUGGAUUUCAGCGAUGAGAACAAUGCCUACAUGAUCUACUUCGUCAGUUUCCUUGGGACACUCGCUGUCCUGCCUGGCAACAUAGUGUCUGCUCUCCUCAUGGACAAGAUCGGACGUCUAAGGAUGUUGGCGGGCUCCAGUGUGAUUUCCUGUGUUAGCUGCUUCUUCCUGUCAUUUGGAAACAGUGAAUCAGCUAUGAUUGCCUUGCUGUGUCUCUUUGGGGGCAUCAGCAUUGCGUCGUGGAAUGCCCUGGAUGUACUAACGGUGGAGCUGUACCCCUCCGACAAGAGAACAACAGCCUUUGGGUUUCUAAAUGCCCUGUGUAAGUUAGCUGCAGUUCUGGGCAUCAGUAUCUUCCAGUCGUUUGUGGGCAUCACUAAAGCGGUGCCCAUCCUCUUCGCGUCGGGAGCUUUGGCCGUCGGAAGCUUCUUGGCUCUAAAGCUUCCAGAAACUCGCGGUCAGGUGCUUCAAUAAUCUAGCCAGCAGGUGGCUGUGUUUUAGUAGGGAAAUGCUUGACUGUGUCGCCCAACCCCAAACCCUGUCCGUGAGUGAGCAAUGCUGGAUGCAGCCGAAAAGAAACACCACAUUUACAAAUCAGUUAGAGAUAUCUUCAUUCCUCCAAUGUGUGCAAUUGUAUUAUUAUUUUAAUUUGACCUCAUUCAAAUCUAUAUGUAUAAAUGUGUUCCCUGGCAUUUUGAGAUGGGAAUAAUGAGUGAGCCAUCCAGUUAUUCUACGUUUCUAUACAGCAGAUAAAGUUUUUUUUCUAUAGUGAAUUGACCCCUUGAUCCACUUCUGAUCUUGUCUACAGGAAUAAUAGAAACCCUUUGUAUGUGCAGAAAAACUGCCAUGUUUAACACAUUCCAGCUUUGCGUUCUUUAUGGUAUGAAUGUGAAAAUUAACAUGAUCAGUUUGACUUUCCCUUUAAACUUUGUCCAAGCCAUCAUGUGAUCUGAAAACCAUCACGAGGACCCGUGACAUCAUUAGGUAGAUAUUUUAAUGGACAGUGUUGAGCUAGUGGUCCUGGUCAUGGUUAUUGUCAUUGCUCUGCUCUAGUCCUUUGUGUCCCAAGAACAACAUUUUUAAGAUUGUGCAUGAUGCCGUGAUUGUCUGCAAUAUCGGCUCAAGCACGCCUCACUUUUCAAGUUUAGAUGUUUCAAUGCAAUUACUGCUGAAGUCACAUUAUUAUAGUCCGUAUCAUCGGUGAACUCGUUUUUGGUUCAGUUUCAUCUGAAAAAUACCUUUGUUCUUUCAAGAUGUCUGUUUAAGGUGUUGUGCAUGUAAUGACGUGUGAAUUAAUAUGAAUAUGCUUGAAGAUAGUGAACAUAACUGAAGAAAGUGCUCUGUAUUACUGUACCCUAACCAUGAUUCUUUAGACAUAAUUUCAAAUGUGAAAUACGUGACAUUGAUGAGUGGUCUAGACAAGACGAACAGCUCUCUGAGCUUUGCCAUUAUCCAUAUUUUGCAUUAUUAUUAUUGAUCUAGUAUGCUAACAACAGAACAUACUGUUUGCUUUCCUCUUAAUAUCAACAGAGCAGUUUCAGUUGUGUUCUUUUGAAUGUGCGCAAACCUUGAGACGAAAGUUACAUCGAAAGUUAAAUGAUCCAAAUCAUUCAGUCAACACAGGCAUAAAACUAAAGGAAAAAAUAAAUACAUGAAGCACAAGGUGAUUUGAUUAAACUAUCAAAACCAAUAGGUUUAUUUUGAUGAUUAUGUACAUUAUGUAUUGAAUAUAAAUAUAUAAAAAAAUAGCUGUUAAUCAAGUCUGUCUGUUUGAACACUCAAGUUAAUAUUAAAUAUACAAACAUAUAUACAUAAAAAAAAAAAUACUUUCAUGUUCAGAUGUUAAACUAGUACCUACAAGUCUUAGAUUCCAUUUGAUGUUUGUAUAUACAGAUUAUCUGUUUAUUAAGGAUUUCAUUUUUAUUUUUUAUUUUUUUUUAUCAAAGCGAUUAUAUAUGUAAAAAAAGUGACUGAUUAAGUCCAUACACUAAUUUGCAGCACACACAGACACCCUCAUUUAUGUUUUCUCUCGUGUUCUUGUAAAGAAACUGAGGUAUCCGUCUGUAUGUGAGUAUGUGCGUAUGUAUGGAAGUGUGUGUGUGCUUGCAUGUGAAAUAUUGAGUGUUCUCUGAAUAUUUGUAUUUAUUUGUAUAACUGUUUAUGAGAGUUUGAUUUUAUAGUAUUUUUUACUUUAUCUGUAGAAACAGAUGUAGUGCCACAGGCAGGGUGAUAUGAAUGCUGGAUCAUUGUUGAUCUGAUGUUUAAAAUACUAUGGUGACUUGGUUGCAGUAAGUGAAAAUAGCAUUUAAAAAAAGUGAUUUUAAUUGAAGGUCUGUAUCAAAGAAAUGUAAUCAAAUUGUAGUGUUUGUUGGGCAUCAAAAAACAUGGGUAUCCCAUUAGGACAAGCAGUAAACAAAAAAACUUUGUGAUAUUUGUCCAAUUCUGCUACAGUUACCAAGCACAAUUAUUAAUAGCUCCAUGGAUAACUGCUUUUCCUGUUAAGUAAAUAGAUACUGAAGCAAAAAAAUCAGAUAAGAUAAAACCCCACCCAGUUUCCGAUGCUUCUGAACGUGUUUACACAGCAACAGUUUUUAGGUGUCGUUCAACGUUCUUUACUGCCAUUUUUAGGAUAGCAGCCAUAUUAUGUGCUCAGAGUAAACACUAUAAUACAACUGAAUAAUUUUUAGAUUUAAAAAUCCUCGAAUAGAAUUUAGAAAUGCGCAAAUAUAUUAGACCAAAGUCGAGCACUUAAAGGGGUCAUAAAAUGCUCUUUUUUAAAAUAAUUGUAUUAUCUUCCCUGAGGUCCACUGAUAAUGUUAGUAAUUUCUUUUUUUUUUUUCUUUUGUUUUGCAUUAAAACAGUCAUAAUUUAGAUAAUUUUAUGAUAAUUUUGCACCCUGUCUCUGGCCCUCUGCCUGAAACAUUCGGUUUUGGCCUAAGCGCCUCCUUAAAACUUAAACGAAAACGUCCACUGUUAUGAUUGGCUAACAUUGUGCAGCCCCUCGAAUAGAACCGGUUUCGAAACUCAGUUGGAAGAGAAUGAACCAGCUCCACAACAUUAUAAAACAAAAUGUCGGGGUUUACACAUAACGCACAUCCAACACAUUGCAUCCGCAUAUACAGUAUUAAACUGUUCAUCUCAAACACAACUGUUAACACUCACACCCUGUCUACAUUGGACGCGAGAGUCGUGUCAAAAGUAAGAGAAGAGCCCAUUAUAAUCAAUGAUGCUGUCUACCAUGGAAGCGUCUGUUGCGGCGCAUCACGUUACGCAGACAGUAAACAGAUGUCCUGUUCCGUGGUAGCGCUGUUACUGCCAACAGCACAAAUAAACGGUUUAGAAAGUUUGUGUCGAAGCGCGCGGUGUAGACAGCCUCAAGCUGUUGUAUUGCGUCAACGGACGCUCGUGGUGUAAACAGAGUGUUAGCACUAUAAACUAUCAAACAGUCAUGACAUAUGAAAUAUUCAUGAAUGAAACCAUUUCUUACGGUUUUUGUGAUUGCGUCCAAAUGUUUUAACUGCCCCAUUCUUUAAUAACAGUUCCAUUGCAAAGCUUGAAUUGUAUUGUGACUGGUAUGAUACGAGUCGAACAUAUAAUCCACUCUAAAAUACGCUGAAGACACAUCCAGUUUCCAGUAAAAUUCCAGCAUGUUUUCAUACACCAACAACUAAAAAUAGUACAGAUGGGUGAGAGAACGUGAGGCAGCAGUUGAAUGACGGAGAGCUUCUCCUCUUUAGAGUUGUAACUUGACACAGUAUCUUUUAAAAGCAGCCCGAGAUAUGUAUCAAGAGGUCAAAAACGUUUGUCUGUGCAUGUUUAUGUAGAAAAACAUUUAAAUCCAAACAGGCACAUGAAGGUGUCCUAUGUAAGUCCAUUUAGGAUGAAUCUCCCAUGACAGGCCCCAUCUUUCUUCUCUUUACCUGUGUGAUUGACUGAGCACCAGUGGGCGGAGCCAAGGGUGCAAUGACGGAAAAGUGUGCAUUGCAAAUGCAGAUGUAUUUGGUCCUUGUGACGUCACAAGUUCCAUGAAUUCCAAACGAGCCGUUUUGGCAGCUUGUUUUAAAUAAAUGCUCUUUUUCUAUUAAGGAGGAAGUUUUCAGUUUUGAAACUUAAAGUAUGUUUUUAUAGUACAAUGAUAUCUUAUAUGUCAAAAGAUCUAGGAAAAUUUGAUUCCUCAUGUCAUGACCCCUUUAAUUCAUGAUUAAUUUAGGCACAAAUGGAACUUUUCAAGCACUUAAAAUGGUUAUAAAGGCAUUACAAUUCAUUUAAAUUAGAAACAUUUUAAAAUUAAAUGUUCUAGAAACUGCCAUCCAUGUCGUCACCUUUGGUCAGCAGAAUUAGUGUCAACCCGCGCAUCAUAUCACGUGGCUUGUUGAGCGUGUUGCCACGGAGACAUAGAGCGUGUGGAGGCUUCACGCCAUCCACCGCGGCAACCACGCUCAACUCACCACGCGCCCCACCGAGAACGAACCACAUUAUAGCGACCACGAGGAGGUUACCCCAUGUGACUCUACCCUCCCUAGCAACCGGGCCAAUUUGGUUGCUUAGGAAACCUGGCUGGAGUCACUCAGCACACCCUGGUAUUCGAACUAACGAACUAAGGAACUCCAGGGGUGGUAGCCAGCAUAUUUUACCACUGAGCUACCCAGGCCCCACAGAUGCUGUAUUGACAAUCCUUACGUGUUCCAAUUGUGACAGUGUGCAUCUUCUAUUGUCAAAUUUUUCUACUCCCUCAGUUUGUACUAUAAAAUAACACAAUUUGUAAUACACUGACAUUUUGGCUAGGUGUGGUGAUCCAAGCAUGCAAAUAAAGAUAUAGACCAAAUAUAAACAAUAAAAAAUAUUUUGUGGCUUAUAGACAUAUCAUUGUUCUUGAAUACUGACAAAAUAGUUGAUCUGAAAAGCUAAAUUCUGGCUCUAAAAUGAAAGUUUACUCACCCUCAUGUCCGUCUUCAUAAAUUAAAAAGCUUACAGGUUUAGAAUGAUAUGGAAGGGAGUAAAUAAUGGUUUGGGGUGUACUAUUUCUAUAAUUUGUGAGCUGAUUACAAUUAGUAGAUACUAACAUUGAAACAUUAAAGAUUUGCUUUGUCACUAAACUAUAUAUAUAAUUGUAUUUUAUGCACAACAACGUAUGUUGAUGUAAAACUUCUUUAAUGUCACUGUCAAAAUGGCCCAUUAAUUAAUUUGCCAUGAUUUCUCACAGCAUUUCUUCAACAUCUGAACAGUUUCUCAUCUAAAGUUCUGCAGUUUUGUAACCCUUUAUUGUCCCAUCUCAAACGUGUCACCAUUGUUCCCCUCAUUGAAGUACAAAUGAGUAUGUCAUAAUUGCUGUUGUAUGCUGUGAAAUGCUGAAUCACAGUAACUAAUCUCAGUGAAGCUGUACAACUUCUCUCUGCGUAAAAGCAGUCCUGGAUUUGGUGCACUUCAUCAUUUAAGAUUGUGUACUGGUUGUAAGACUUUUGGGUUUUGUUACAGGGUCUUUUGUAUUUCUGAUAAAUAUGGGCUCACUUAGCAACAAUCAAAUCCUGUGUGCAAAAUCAAAGCAAUAAGUGGUAAACAUGUUUCUUUGCUCUGCCCCCAAACUGUUGGGAAAGAAAGCACACAAAAUGUUCGCUGGCCACAUUCGAUGAAACUGCAGGCGUUUAACAGCUGUAAGAAGAAGAAGAAAAAAUGGCCAACAUCCAUGUACUCUACAAAUAUAGGCUACCAUAGGUCCUCUGGUGCUUUUGUCAGUUUAAAUGUAUUGCCAUAAUUUAAAUGUGACAGAGAGUUUAUCACCUUAUCAUUGUACUGUGCUGUAGAGAUUGUAGUUGUUUGUAUGUAAAAUAAUUCAUAUGUGGAACAAUAAAACAAAAAAUAUAAAAAUGUUGAACAUGAGAAACAGUGUACUACUGUAUGUUAAUUUUAUCUUUUUUUUUUUUUUUUUGUACAUGAGAAUGGAAAUGACGUUGACAUUAUUUAUUGUUGAAUAUAGAGUCUAUUCCAUCUUUACCAACAUGGUUCUGUAUUACAGUUUGUGAGAGAUUUCCUUUCGUUUUCUGACAUGGGGCAAAAAAAACAAAAAACAAAAAACAAAACUGUCCCUCAAUGGAUUUAAAACAUAUACUGUACAAAUAAUAAACAAAUGGUAUAAAGCUUGAA